AUGUCACAGUAUCAGUACGAUUUGAAUCUUCUAAUACAGAAUAGAUCGACCAUAUUAUCGGAUCUUGAUGACUUUUCUUUCAGUCCAUCCAAGAAAACAAUCUGGUUAGAAAAUAUCUUUUCCGGUUAUACGCUAGUCAAGUUUCUUCUACAUUUUCAUUUUCCCUCCACCGGAAUUAAAGUUAUUGAUGAUCUUCCUCAUACAUACUAUAAGGAAUUGGGAGUCAGACAUGUUUUAACAAGUGAUUAUAACAUAUUUGGAGACAAUCCUUCUGAGAGAUCUUAUGCUAUUUUAAUAUUUACAUCCGGAUCCGCUGUUCCAUCAUUCGACAGUAUACUAAUUCAGGCCAUAAAAAUUAGGGAACACUAUAACAAGUUAUGUAUCGUUGGCCCACUGAACUCCGAGUUCUUUCCAAAAAUGUUUAGAUCUGAUAUAACUUGGAAUUUUAAGGCUAGUAUACCAUCAUUGAAAGCAUUUGGUAGCUCAAAUGGUCUUUUAAAGUUUGAUACUACUACCUCUGAAUUUAUAGGCCGUCUCAUUCAAGAAAAUAUUGAGUUUAAGGGUCUUGGGAAUACGGUUAUUCUCAUGUGUGCGGAACUUUGGAAUACGAUAUCUCCUUUGAAAAACGUAAUUUUGAUAAACAAUUGUGAUGAUGUUGAUAAGAUCAUGCCAUAUAAUGAAAAUAAUGUUCUAGUUGUCGAUUCAACGCCAUCUGUGUUCAGAAGAAUGCUUAUGAGGAUUUAUACUGGAUCCUUUCCUGUUGCCAGAAUACUCAUAUGCGAGUCUUUACUCCGUACGUAUACAUUUGAUUCACAGUUUGGUUAUCAUUCGAAAUCCAUCACUGAUAAGCGUGACUUUGAGAUGAUCUUGAGCGAAUGGAAAUCUUUGACUGAUAAUAUACCUUUGGUAUCAAUUGACAUAAAAGUAUUUCAUCUUGCUUCCAAAAAUGAUCACGACAAACUGAACUUUAAGCCAUUACCGUGUACACCGAAUACUGCACUUCUCAGCCUGAAAUGGGGAUUAAAAUUCCCACUAAAGCAUAUCGACCCUGUGUCCCAGAAGAUUUGUUUAUAUCAAUUGUAUCUCCUUGGAUAUGUUGAUUCAAGCUUUAAGGAGUACUCAGAUGAUCAUCCAUUCUGGAAAUUGACUGCAAUUCUUAGUAUGAAGCAAUUACUUGACCCCAUCUGGAUUUCUCUUGCUGCCACUAUUGAUUGUGCUCUUAUUGCGGAUGAUCAGGAAGUAAUAGCUCAGGUUUUGAUUUUCGCAGCCUUGAUAUAUUAUUGUGACACGACUUCAUUUAAGCUUUCGACACUUCUUUACGAUAUACCAAUGGAAUACAAAACGGUGGAGAGCGAAAUCCUUUCAAUAUUGAAUUAUCUUCACAAUUCACCAGACGCCUUACCUUUAAAGGGGAAACUUGAUAAAAUUGAUCGUUUAUUUCGAAAGUCUUUGCAUCUAAACACUAACAGUAAUGAACAAUCAUUAUCAGAUGAUCUAACAGAAAAGAUAAUAUCAUGUUUUAAGCGGUCUUUUUUUAUGAAUAUUGGUGUUGUUGGGCUCAUAGAUGUUGCCGAUAAUAAAGAUUCGAUUACUAGAGUACGAAUUAUGUCACAUUCAAAAUCUAACAUGCAUUCGAUCCCUAAGCUACAUUUAAAGAUUCCUGAAUAUUUACGUGAAUACUAUCAUACGAAUCAAUUAUUAGCCUGGAUUAAGCUAUACCAACCUCUUUCUGGCGAUAAACAAGUACCAUUCAUUGGUUUUAAACUGACAAAAUCUGAUGUUCUCAGAGCGGAAUCAUAUUACGCGCUUACGUAA